CGUUGGUGUCCCGCAGGGUCAGGGGAAAUGCAACAGGGUAGUGAGACCUCGUCCGUGCUGAGAGAGGAACAGAGAUCUUUGAUGGCUGCAGCUGACAGCAAGAGAGGGAGGCGAGAGAAUCCUCAGUGUAACGUGCAAUGUUACGGUCGUGGGGACAUCCAUGAGGAGGUUGUGAAGAGGCUGCACAUCUCCCGGUGUGAAGAGCCAAGGGUUCCCUGUGUUCUGUUUGUCUACAGAGUGUCUCUUGAAAUUGAGGAUUUUCAAAGUGCUCUCCAGUGGGUCACAGAGUCGGGGAAGGUGAAACACAUGGAACGUGAAAUGCGGUCAGUGCCGAGCGUGGACGGUGAUCCUGGUUCCAAGGUGCUGGACACUGAGAUGGGCCCAGAGAACAGCAGCACGUCUCAGUGUAAUGUGCAAUGUUACGGUCGUGGGGACAUCCAUGAGGAGGUUGUGAAGAGGCUGCACAUCUCCCGGUGUGAAGAGCCAAGGAUUCCCUGUGUUCUGUUUGUCUACAAAGUGUCUCUUGAAAUUGAGGAUUUUCAAAAUGCUCUGCAGUGGGUCACAGAGACACAAAGCGUGAAACGUGAAGACAUCUGUGCUGUGGUCCUGCUGGAAAAGUCUUUGGAUAAACUGCACAAGCCGGUGGAAGUUGCAUACCAGGGAAUGUUUGAUACUAACACUGUGGUUGUGUGAAUUCUCUGGGAACACUCUAACGCUCUCUGGGGUUGGUAUUCAGCUGAUAAGAUCCAAGAGUGUCCCAGCAACAUGGAGGCAAUGCAGAAAGUCAAACAGAGCAUCAGGGAGUGGUGGGGGAGUCCUGCAGGAGAAAGUGGAUGAUCACCUGCCCCACCCACUGUCUGGGCAAUGUGCUGCCCAUAAGCAGCCUGAAAUGCUGCUGCUUGCCCCCCCCACCCCACCCCACUUCUGCCCUGACCUGCUCUGCAGUUAUCAGUGAGGACAACGGAUCCACUUCUGUGAAGCUCUGACUCCAGAAACAAGCUGCAACUGAGGACUCUCAUCCUGAACAAGGGGGUUUGAUCACAACUAUUGCACUGAAAGUGCCUUGUGUUCCCUGCUCAGACCCUUUAUGUGCCCUACUGAUGGACAAUAAAAGAGGGAUGUGACUCCUGUAAUGUGCACUACCCACUGUCAUUGAUGAAAAUUACCCUGAACAGCCCACAUCGGGGCAGAGUCCAGAGAGUGGGCUUGGUAGAACUUAUGGCCUCUGCUUACCUUUACCAAUGAAACUAUUCCGUACACAGCCUCAGAGAAUGGUGACCUGAUAAACCUGCCGUCAGUGGUCCCAGAGUCCGACGUCACAGGUGCUGUUCUGCUGAAAGUUCAUCAGCGUGACCCACUACCUGUGUUCCUGUCCCCACUCAUGCUGAGUAUCCCCAGCAUCGUCUGCCUUUCCCAGCAGCGACUUACCUCUGCUGUCCACAUACCUCUUCCUCCGGUGACCACGUGCCCUUCCAGCCCUCGAGGUGUGUGCGACAGGUUGGGACAGCCAGGAUUGAUGGGAAUGGGGGCUUUGAACAGUUCAGGGAAGGGAAGUUGGUGCUGGAAUGGUGAGCUCAGUACAACAGUACCAUUGUUGAUGUUCCAUGAAUCGGACCCUCUGCCUGCCUGCUGAGGGAUUCACCUGCACUGGAGGCCGAGCUUCCACUGGAUAAACCCGGAUCGGGAACCGCUGGCACAGUUUGGAAGCUCUGCCCCAUUGUGGUCCACACCAUCCAACCUGUUGUCACCUUCAACGCAAACCUGUCCCCUGCACAGUGCUCCCAGGUCAAACUGACUCCUGGCCCAAGGGGAAUCGGAAAGGAUUUCAAGUCCUUUGGGGGUGGGAGUUGGGGCACAAGGGAAUGGGAUGAGCUGGUGCCUUGGUUGGAAUUGUGGGAGGCCUUUGAAGAUAUUCACGAUACUCACGUUGCAUAAAAGUAUAAAUGUUGCAGCUGUAUAAAACUUUGUUUAGGCCACAUAUGGAGUUCUGUGUACAGUUCUGGUCACCCCAUUACAGGAAGGAUGUGCGGGGUUUGCAGAGGGUGCAGAAGAGGUUCACCUGGAUGCUGCCUGGAUUAGAGGGCAUGAGCUAUAAGGAGAGGUUGGACAAACUUGGGUUGUUUUCUCUGGAGCAGCAGAGGCCGAGGGAAGACCUGAUGAGGUUGAUAAAAUUCUGCAAGGCAGAGAUAGGGGAGAGUCAGUCUUUUUCCCAGAGUGGAAAUGUUAAAUACCAGAGCGCAGGGUUUAACGUGAGAUGGGGAUGUUUUAAAAAAGAAUUACAAGGCAUGUUAUUUUUACACAGACAGUGGUGGGUGUGUGGAACGGGCCACCAGGGGAGUGGUGGAUGCAGAUGUGACAUCAAUGGUUAAGAGGCUGUUGGACAGACACACGAACAGGCAGGGAAUGGAGGGACACGGACCACGUGCAGACGGAUGGGAUUAGUUUAAAUUGGCAUCAUGGUCGGCACAGACAUGGUGGGCCGAAGGGCCUGUUCCUGUGCUGUACUGUUCUGUGAGUGAACUCUCACUGCAGAUGCUGCCUGACCUGUCGAGUCUCCAGCACUCUGUUUCAGACUUCCAGCAUCUGCAGUAUUUUAUUUUCAUGGGCAAUAAAUGGAGCUUUCAGUGAUGCCCAUUUGCUGAGAGGGAAUUAAAAAUAAAAUUAUUGCUCCCGCUGCCAGUUGCACAGGAAACAAUCUCACAGGUAGUGACGUGGCAGCUCUGUUUAACAUCGACAUCCUGUGGCCCUGGUUCAAUGUUGUGCUUCAGGGUCCAGUUGGAUGACACCGCUGGAUAUCUGAAACUUCCCAGUGCCGACCCUGUCAGUCCAUCCAGGUUACAGAGCAGAGAAGGUCAGCCUGCUGGCAGCACCCAGCAGAUGUUGGUGAGGCCGCACUUAGAGUACUGUUUACAGUUUUGGGCACACUGUUAUAGGAAAGAUGUUAUUAAACUAGAAAGAGUGCAGAGAGGAUUUACCAGAAUGUUGCCUGGACUUGGGGGGCCUGAGUCACAAGGAGAGGUUGCGUAGACUGG